AUGGUGCAAGUCUUGGAGCUUCUUCAGAACAAUGACAAACUAGUAAAGAAGGGAAAGAAGGAUAAAAAGACGAAAAAAUCGUUCUUCGAGGAACUGGCUGUGGAGGAGAAACACUCCAGCGAGAAUCAUGCGGCAGAGAAAGAAAAGAAGGAGCAGCAACAGCAGCUGCAACAGCAAAAGAAGAGGCGAGAUAAGAAAAAAGAGCAGAAGAAAAAACAGGCAGCAGAAGAGGAGGAUGAGGAGGAGAACCAGUUGAUCGAGAGGUUGAAGAAGCUGUCUGCCCAAGCCAGUGAUGAAGAGGAAGAAGUGCCCAUUCCUGUCGCCAAAGCAGGCAAGAAAAACAAAGGGGGAAAUGUGUUCGCUGCCCUGAACCAGGAACAGAGUGAAGAGGAGGAGGAGGAGGAGGAAGAAGAAGAAAUGUCAAAGCCCAUCAAACUUGACAGGAAUAAGAGCAACAAGGCAGCCUCUGAUGAUGAAGAAACAAAGAAACCAGGGGAAAAGGGCUCUAAAACCAAACAAAAGGAAGAGGAAGAGAAUAAGGAAGAAACAAAGUGGAAAAGCAAGAAGAACGAGAAGAACAAAGGAAAACAACAGAGAGGAGGCUCAGCAUUUGCAACCCUGGCUCAGAGUGAUGAGGAAGAGGCAGAAAAAAACAAGCCCAAGGAAAAAUCUAAGGCUGGAGCCAAACAAGCUGCUCAGUCUGAAGAAACUACCAAAAAAACAAAAGGGAAGAAGAACCAGCCAGCCAAGAAUAUGUUUGCUGCUCUAGAGGCAGAGGAGACAGAUGAGGAAGAGGAGGAUGGAGAGGAGGACUUCACUGAGGAGAAUGAGAAAUCCAAACAGGACAGCCAGCCGCCAUCGGAGGAGGAAGAGGAGAAGAAGGAAGAUGAUCCCUAUGCACAUCUCAGCAAGAAGGAGAAGAAGAAACUCAAGAAACAGCUGGAGUUUGAGCGGCAGGUGGCAACCUUGAAAGCAGCCAAUGCGGCUGAGAACGAUUUCUCGGUGUCCCAGGCGGAAAUGACCUCGAGACAAGCCAUGUUGGAAAAUGCCUCAGAUAUCAAGUUGGAAAAGUUUAGCAUCUCAGCUCACGGAAAAGAACUGUUUAUCAAUGCAGAUUUAUAUGUUGUAGCUGGGCGUCGAUAUGGCUUGGUGGGCCCGAACGGGAAGGGCAAGACCACUUUGCUGAAACAUAUCGCUAACCGGGCCUUGAGCAUCCCUCCCAACAUUGAUGUGCUGCUCUGUGAACAAGAGGUUAUUGCGGAUGAGACUCCGGCAGUCCAAGCUGUGCUCAAGGCUGACACCAAGCGGCUGAAGCUCUUGGAAGAAGAGAAACAUCUGCAGGCACAGCUGGAGAAAGGGAACGAUGCAGCCGCAGAGCGCCUGGAAAAGGUCUAUGAGGAACUGCGAGCUACAGGAGCAGCAGCAGCGGAGGCCAAAGCUCGGAGAAUCCUGGCUGGGUUGGGCUUCAACCCUGAGAUGCAGAAUAGGCAAACCAAGAAAUUCUCAGGAGGUUGGCGCAUGAGAGUUUCCUUGGCCAGAGCCCUGUUCAUGGAGCCCACGUUGUUGAUGCUUGAUGAACCCACCAAUCACUUGGAUCUCAACGCGGUCAUCUGGCUUAAUAACUAUCUCCAGACGUGGAAGAAAACCCUGCUCAUCGUUUCCCACGACCAGGGAUUCUUGGAUGAUGUGUGUACAGAUAUCAUCCAUUUGGACAUGCAGAAACUUUUCUACUACCGGGGAAACUACAUGACUUUCAAGAAGAUGUAUCAGCAGAAACAGAAGGAGCUGCUCAAACAGUAUGAGAAGCAAGAGAAGAAGCUCAAAGACCUGAAGGCCGGGGGGAAAUCAACAAAGCAGGCAGAAAAACAGACCAAGGAGGCCCUGACGCGGAAGCAGCAGAAAUGCCGCAAGAAGAACCCGGAUGAGGAAUCCAACGAGGCCCCCGAGCUCCUGAAACGGCCCAGGGAAUACACCGUGAAAUUCACCUUUCCUGACCCACCGCCUCUUGCCCCACCCAUUCUGGGCCUCCAUGCUGUGGACUUCAGUUACGAAGGGCAGAAGCCCCUUUUCAAGAAUUUGGACUUUGGAAUUGACAUGGAAUCACGAAUCUGUAUCGUGGGCCCCAAUGGGGUGGGGAAAAGUACACUAUUAUUGCUAUUAACCGGGAAGCUUACACCGACCAGAGGAGAAAUGAGGAAAAACCACAGGCUAAAAGUUGGCUUCUUCAACCAGCAGUAUGCCGAUCAGCUGAACAUGCAGGAAACGGCCACUGAAUAUCUUCAGCGCAAUUUCAAUCUGCCUUAUCAAGAUGCCCGUAAAUGUUUGGGGCGGUUUGGUCUCGAGAGCCACGCUCACACCAUCCAGAUUUGCAAGCUGUCUGGGGGACAAAAAGCUCGCGUAGUAUUUGCUGAAUUGGCUUGUAGAGAGCCAGACGUCCUUAUUCUGGAUGAACCUACGAAUAAUCUGGAUAUUGAAUCCAUCGAUGCCUUGGGAGAUGCUAUCAACGACUAUAAAGGAGCGGUGAUCGUUGUCAGCCAUGAUGCUCGGCUUAUCACGGAGACCAACUGCCAUCUGUGGGUGGUGGAGGACCAGACUGUCAAUCAAAUUGACGGCGACUUUGAAGACUACAAGCGUGAAGUGCUGGAAGCCUUGGGUGAAGUCCUAGUCAAUCGACCAAGGGAAUGAGGCCGCGAGAAGCGGAGUCACCGGAACGUGCACAGCCAUUUUUUCCAAUGGAAACUCCGCCCUCUCAAAUAGCAGGGCUUUAUUUAUGUGACACGGAGGGACAGAUCUGAACGUAUGCAAGGAAUUAAAAUCUGUUGAUAGUUUUAACUCUUCUUCCUUUUCCUCUCCCACUCGCAUGGAAAGCGAACUUCUCCAAAGGUGAUGGGUGGGUGUCCCAUCAUGCCUCCCAUCCCCGAGCAGACAUCUUGGAGGACCACUCUCGCUUGACAAAUCUCUCUCCUUUCCUUCCACUAUUUUUGGGAAUAGUUGGAACACAACAUGUAAACUUAAUAAAUUAAACUGUGGCCGGCACUCUU